AUGGAUGAUCUACCGCAUUUAGCUGCUCGAUGUAAACGUCAACUUUCUCGAGCAUCGAUAUGCUUUCUCACACCACAAGCGACUGAAGGACCCUACUAUUGGAAUGCUACUAUCCGACAAAAUAUUACAGAAGGAAAAGCUGGUAUUCCACUUCGUUUAUCAAUAUCUGUUAUUGAUACGAAUACUUGUGCUCCAUUAGUAAAUGCAUUAGUUGAUCUAUGGCAUUGUGAUGCAGUUGGAAUCUAUUCACAUUAUAUUGCAGCUAGUCAAGGUAUUGCAGGUACUGGAAAUGAUAAUGAAACAUUUUUUCGAGGACUUGCUUUAACAAAUGCUAAUGGUAUAGCUAUAUUUGAUACAAUCUAUCCGGGAUGGUAUUCAGGUCGAGCAACUCAUAUUCAUAUGAAAGUACAUGUUGGUUCGAAUGUAACAAGUAAUUCAAGUGGAACAUAUUCUGGUGGACAUGUAUCUCAUACUGGUCAAUUAUUUUUCAAUGAUACAUUGACAGAUUCAGUAGCAACGAUGUCACCCUAUUCGACACAUGUAAUAACACGUACACGUAAUUCAGAAGAUGGUAUUUAUGCAUCAGCAAAUGGAUCUGUUACAAUUGUGUCAAUAAUACAAAAUUCAGCAAAUAAUUAUAGUGGAGCAGUAACUGUUGGUGUAAAUUCAAGUGCCACACCAGCAGCAGUAGGUGGUGGUGAGAUGGGACCAGGUAUUGGACAGAUGCCACCUAUUCGAAAUAAUUUUUCAAUAAUUAUGGCAAAUAUGACAUCUGUAAUUUUAACUACAACACUAGCAUCUCAUGUGGGAGCAGCUUCAGCUUUAUAUAUGUCUUGUUCAACUAUAUUUUUUGCAUUUUUACUUUAUAUUUAA